AUGGAGUCGUCAGCAGGUGUCCCAGAUGUUCAGCCAAAAGAAACUAAUGAAGUCGGAGCUGAUGAAGACAAACUUACUAAUUCUCGUGGACAGAAACUUUACUGCAAAUACUGGAACAAUGGAAAUGAAGCUGAAGAGUCACAAAAUCGGAAAUAUAGGGGAUUGGUAUUUGUAGCGCAUGGCCUUGCUGAGCAUUGCUUGUUUUAUCAGGAAAUAGCAGAACUUCUCAUAAACAAGGGUUUUUAUGUUUUUGCUCAUGAUCAUGUUGGUCAUGGCCAAAGUGAGGGACCAAGAUCUCACAUUGACACUUUCGAUUACUAUGUGGCAGAUGUUUUUCAACACAUCGAUCAAGUGAAAGAGAAAUUUCCUGAAAAAACUCCAAUUUUUCUCAUUGGUCAUUCUAUGGGUGGAGCUAUUAGCGUGUUGUCAGCCAUGUCCAGACCUGACUAUUUUACUGGUGUUGUAUUACUAGGACCAGCCAUCCAAGCAAGUCCUGGAGCAAUAUCACCAAUCAAGAUGAUGGCAGGCAAAGUAGUUGCUAGAAUUUUCCCUCAGAUGUGUAUUGAGAAGCUCAAAACAAAGGAUUUAUCAAGAGAUCAUGAAGUGGUAAAAGAAUAUGAAGAAGACCCUUUAGUCUUUCAUAAUGGUCUGAAGGCAAAAUGGGGUUUAGAAAUGCUGAAGGCCUUUGAUAUUAUGAAAGAAGCAUUGCCCAAGGUAGAAUGGCCUUUUCUUGUAUUACAUGGAGACCAGGAUAAACUUUGUGCAGUUGAGGGUUCCCAGCAACUUCAUGAACAAGCGCAGAGCAAAGACAAGCAAAUCAAGGUCUACAAAGGUUUAUACCACCAGAUACACAGGGAGCUCAGAGAAGACCGAGACAUUGUCCUGCAUGACCUGGUAGACUGGCUGGAUAAGAGAGCAUAGAAGGACAACACUGAUUUCAAACAUGGUACCAAGAUGAUGAAUUGAGGAACAAAACAAACAAAUCUGAUUGUCUUAAAAAUUUGUUCGAUGGGGAAAAGAUAUG